UAGGGACUUAUUGGCUGAAAAGGGAGUAGUAGAGAAAGUUUGGGUUAGGAAAGAGAAAGAAAAGAUUAACUGAAAUCUUGUUUGAAACAAAGUGAAGUGUAUGUGAUGUAAUAAAUACAUAGACAUUGUAUCAUUUAAUUACAAAAUAUAAGUGGAAGCUCUUUCUUAUAAAACCAAGCUUAGUGAGGAUAAUGCAUUGUCAUCUUGUCCUCCAUUAACUCUACUAAAGUUGCAAGCUUUGUUACUAGUAACGAUACUAAAGACAGAGUAUUCAGUCGUUCAGUAAAGUUGAAGUGAGUUUGUCUUGUUUUCUGUUUGUGCAAUUAAACAUUCGUAGUAUUCAUCAAGAUUUAUAAAUUAAACAACCAGAAAAAUGGCCACUUCAAAAACGACGAAUAUGUAUAAUAGACAAAAUUGGGAAGACGCUGAAUUCCCAAUAUUGUGUCAAACUUGUUUGGGCGAUAAUCCUUACAUUCGUAUGACAAAAGAAAGAUAUGGGAAAGAAUGCAAAAUAUGCAUGCGUCCGUUCACAGUAUUCAGAUGGUGUCCUGGCGCGAGAAUGCGAUUUAAGAAGACAGAAGUGUGUCAGACAUGCAGUCGUUUAAAAAAUGUUUGUCAAACAUGCUUACUUGACUUGGAAUAUGGUUUGCCGAUUCAAGUACGUGAUGCAGCACUGAAAAUCAAAGAUGAUUUGCCCAGAUCUGAUGUGAACAAGGAGUACUAUGUUCAAAAUAUAGAUAGUGAAAUUGGAAAAAUAGAUCCCACAUCGCCAGCAGGUGCUGUUGGUAAAUCUGCAGCUGCUAGCGAUUUGUUAAUGAAGCUAGCAAGGACUAGUCCCUAUUACAAGAGAAACAGGCCACACAUUUGCUCCUUUUGGGUUAAAGGAGAAUGUAAACGAGGAGAAGAAUGUCCAUAUCGUCAUGAGAAACCCACUGAUCCUGAUGAUCCAUUAGCUGAUCAGAACAUCAAAGAUCGUUACUAUGGUGUUAACGAUCCUGUUGCUGACAAAUUAAUGCGCCGUGCAGCAGCCAUGCCUAAGUUAGAUCCGCCAGAGGAUAAGUCCAUUACGACGCUCUACGUUGGUAACCUGGGUGACGUUUUAACAGAGAAGCAGUUACGCGAUCAUUUCUAUCAAUAUGGAGAAAUACGUUCCGUGACUAUGGUUCCUCGUCAACAGUGUGCCUUCAUUCAGUACACACAAAGGAGUGCUGCCGAAGCAGCGGCAGAAAGAACAUUCAACAAAUUGAUAUUAGGAGGACGAAGAUUAACGAUUAAAUGGGGACGUUCUCAGGGAAGACAGACAGUAUCUGCAGCAGAAGCGACUAGAGAGAUCUUAGAACCUGUACCAGGUUUACCUGGUGCUCUACCACCUCCACCAGAGAGCAUGGGAAAUAAUUUUUUCAACCUGCAAACCACUCCUGGCAUGAUGCCACCAAUGAUGAUACCACCCCCGCCAGUUGCUCCCCAAUUCAUGUUUCCACCUCAAAUGGCAACUGCUACAGCAACACCUAUUUUUCCACCUGGAACAACUCCAAUACACUAUCCAAGUCAAGAUCCGUCAAGAAUGGGUGCAUCUCAAGGCAUAGGGAAACCUUGGCCAGAGGAAUAAUAAGAACAUUGUUUAAAUUUUUAUUGUAAAUAUAAAUUAUGUAUAUAAAAAAUAAAUAUAUAUCUUUAAUUUUGU